AUGAAAGAUCCUCUAAUAAACCUGCCGAUGAGUCAGCCAAUUAACCCAUCAGUACAGCCGGCGAACGAUCUCGAGGCCUUGUCAUUUGAUCCGCAGGUCAAAGAAAAGGAACCAUUGAUUCCUCCACCAACGCCUGAAAUUAAAGUUCAGGGAAUUGCUUGCCAAAAACUUGGGUCGGCAAGUUGGAAUCGGAUCAGAUACAAGGAAGUCCAAAAUAAGCUUCAUGCGGUUCCGGUAUUUGAUUCACUGAAAAUCAACACUCAGUUGGAGGGCCUUGUUUCUCAGUCCUAUUAUCUUACGCUUUUGGAGCGUAUGGACGAGCUAACAGGAACUCUGACUCAUGGUUUGCUAAAACAGCGUCAAUUCUUGAUGGAAGGGAUGAAAUCCCUAGCAACUAAACACCCGGAAGCUUACAAUGACAUAAAAGGAGCGUUCUUAAGAGAUUCUAAGUUUAAAGAAACUUCUGACGACCUGCUUCAGUUUACGUGCGCUAGAAGAGCAGAAGUAAUCGAGAUGCGCCGAAAUGUUUUUAAACCCAGCGAGCAACAUCACGCGGCGAAGUUGGCGGAGAUUCCGCCAUCAGAAACCCACUUAUUCGACGAAGAACUGCUUUCAAAAUUUCUAGACCAACGAGGUGGGUUGAACAAGGUGUUCCCUCAAAGCAGAAAGCCACUGACAGAGAAGCCUCAUUUCUAUGGAUCGAAGAAUAGAUCCUUUCGAAAAUCGAGUGGAUCUGGGAGUUCCUCCUUCAAAAAGCCGAAAUCACAGUCAGGGGCUAGCGUUUCCUCCAGUAAACAAGGUGCAAAAGAGUCUAGAAGAGAGCAUAAGAAACGUGACUACGGGAAGAAAGAUCGUAAGUCACCCCGAGCAUGACUGCAAGUUUCAGGCGGGCCAACUUCAGUACUUUAUCCCCCAAUGUCAGUUCCCUUCUCAGCACAAAAUAUCAGACGAUUCAGCACAAAAAUAUCCCACCAGAUGUCAGUGGAGAUACAGGAAUUAUUGGGAAUGGGAAUCCUGGAAGUGUCUACAUAUUCAACAGGUUUUCUCUCUCCGAUGUUUCUAAUCCAAAAACCAG